UAAUUAUUAAUUAUGAUUUAAGAAGAGAUUUAGGUGUAACAUUUGUACCUGUACGUAGCAUAUUGAUUUACGUGUACUUGGAAAAAAAUGAAGACACAUUUGUUUUUUCUCGGGGGAUAAUAACAUAAAUAUGUCCACACAAUCUGUCCCAAGACUGAUUUCACGAUGCAUCUUUAUGAAAUUGAUUUAACUAUACGCCGACGACAUUAAUGGAUGUCCUUAAAGUUUCUUAGUAAGCAGUGGGUCAUGUGACAUCAUACGAUUGGAUUCUUCCAGGCCUAAGUUAUGUUUUAAUCAUUUGUAAUGCAUAGGGCUUAUGAAGUCUUAAAAGACACAAGGGUUCAUUUCAGAAACUUAAAGAUAAUGAAAAAAAUAAAAGAACUACUAUGUUUGUUAAUUAUAUUUGCUGCUCAAGUCAGAAGUUUCGACGAAAGAGGAUGCAAAGGGUUAAUGGAACUCGUUGUCAUCAUCGACGGAUCCGACAGUAUUAACGAACCCGACUAUAAUUCCCUAAAACGCUCCAUGACUAGUUUAGUGCAAAGUCUGGAUAUCCAGGAGGCAGAAAUCCGAAUCUCAUUUAUCGUCUUUAGUUCCAACAUUGCUCUAGAGACCCCCCUUGUCGGCAAUAAACCACAAGCCCUGCAAACGGCGGCAACACUGCCCCACCCCCGGGACGGUACCAAUACAUGGAUGGCUUUAGAGGCUAUGUACAAAAUAGUUUCAAAGCAGAAAAGAGAAGGUGUACCUAUUGUCGGCGUGGUUUUAACGGACGGAAUCUCGAAAAACAAGACUAAAACAACAUAUGCCGCCAACGCUCUGAAAGACCUCGGGGUGACAAUGUACUCCAUAGGUGUGACCGAUAUCAAGAACAAAGAGGAGCUGAAUAACAUUGCGUCUUCCCCGGAAAACGUGAUCACAUUUCAGACGUUUGAUGAGCUCGCAGCGAAACUUGAGUCCCUUGUGAAACUUGUUUGUCCAAAAUGUCCUCCCAACCCUCUACUCCCACACUCUCUCACCGUCCCUGGAGACUAUAUCGUGGACACCGUUAUAGAGUACCACUGUAUGGACGGCUACAUACCAGACGGAAACAACACAAUCAAGUGUCAAAGGGACCAGACGUGGACAAAACUCGAAUACGCCUGUCUAUCUGACUGUAAGGAUCCUCCCAUCCUGGAACAUACAACAUUAGAGCUAGCUGGACGUCUGGAGGGAUCGACCACAAAGUACAAAUGUGAAACAGGGUCUGUGUUAGAGGGAACACCGGAAACGAUUUGUAAGGAGGACGGGACGUGGUCCAAACCAACAUUUAAAUGCCGAGCUGACUGUGGACUGCCUACUAUAAUAAAAUAUUCAACACUAAGUCCUGGGGGUAAUCUUCAGGGGGACAAGAGAACGUACACGUGUGCCUCAAGCACUGUUCAGGAAGGCAAUCCAGUCAUUGAAUGCUUGAGUUCCGGAAUGUGGUCACAGACUGAUUUAUACUGCCGUCCAAUUUGUGGAGAGCCGCCAGCAAUUGACCGUGCCGUCAUUUCUGCCGGAGGAAUAGUGGAGGGUUCCACACGCACUUACACCUGUAAUGUAAACACAGUGACAGAGGGAAGCACAAUGAUUACCUGUGGUCCAACAGGGAAAUGGUCCGUGACCAGCCUCUAUUGUAGACCGGACUGUGGACCACCCCCAAUGGUAGAGCGUGCAGUUAUCCAAGAGUACCUAAACAUGAUAGAAGGGGUAAGGCUUCCUGGUACAGUGGAAGGAGUCACCAGAUAUUAUCAAUGUCAGUCAAACACAGUAGCAGAGGGAAGUGACAGUACCAUCUGUCAAAUCAACGGACAGUGGUCUGCUACCAACUUGUACUGCCGGCCCAACUGUGGACAGCCGCCUUCUAUUGAUCGCAGUACUGUGAUUUUCGAUGGAACCCUGGAGGGUCAAACGGCUUCUUACACUUGCUUGCAGAACACUAAAACAGAAGGCACCACAACGAUCACGUGCGGAAAUAACGGAAUGUGGUCAUCUACCAAUCUCUAUUGUAGACGUACGUAUGAAUAUCAGUUACCGUUGUCCACCGAUUUUAAUCUUGGAAACGCUAGGUUUCUAUACAAAAUGCUUUAUGAAAACAUAAACGCCACUCUUGCCCUUUUAGCCAAUUGUGGACCACCUCCAAAGAUCAAGCGAGCCAUUAUAUCCAAGGGAUACAGCUUUGAAGGCUCGACCCGUACCUACACGUGUCAAGGCAACACUGUCACAGAAGGUCUGACCUCCAUCACCUGUGGAAUAAACGGACAGUGGUCAAAGACGAACCUGUAUUGUCGACGAAAAAGACAAAACUCAUCAGAUAGCUCGUCCUCGGAAGAAGACGAAGAAUCCACAACUUCCAGACCGCCCAGAAAGAAGUGCUGUCGUCAGUCGCGCAGUAAAUGCUGUCGGCGGCGGCGGACUUGCCAGAGGUCCUCGAGAUGCAGAGCUAGGCAGAACGUAAAAAUAACCACUAACGCCGCCCAACGUAUUCAGAGCUACGAUUUCAAGGCCGAUGCACUUCGCCAAAUUGAGAACGCGGUUGAUGACGAUGAAAACGACACGGAUUGCGGGGAACCUCUGGUGAUCGAGAGAGCCACUGUUGACCAGGGAACCACAUUGGAGGGUGCUGUCAGAAGAUACACGUGUUCGCAAAACACUAUCACAGAGGGAGAAACCACAACCACGUGCUUGGAGACCGGACUUUGGUCAGCUACAAAUCUUUACUGCCGACCUGACUGUGGACCACCUCCGGUCAUUGCAAGAUCUACGAUUUCUGUCGGAAACAACUAUCAGGGAACCACCCGGGUCUACACCUGCGACGCUAAAACAGUGACUGAGGGGAAAACCUCUAUAGAAUGUCAGAUUAACGGACAAUGGUCAAGUACCGACCUGUAUUGUCGACCCGAUUGCGGAGCACCUCCCCAAAUAGACAGAGCUAUUGUGGGUGACGGAAAAACGACAGAGGGCGCUGUAAGGACGUAUACAUGUCAAGGUCAAACGGUGACAGAGGGUUCCCCUAAAAUCAGGUGUGAGCAGACUGGCGUAUGGUCAACGUCCACUUUGUACUGUCGACCGGACUGUGGAAACCCACCCGUAAUUAAACGAGCCACAAUCUCUGCUGGUAAAAACUUGCAGGGAACCACAAGGAUAUACACGUGUGAUCAAAAUACGGUGACAGAGGGCGAAACUUCUACAAAAUGUCAGAUAGAUGGAACUUGGUCGCAGACCAAUCUGUAUUGUAGACCCGAUUGUGGAAACCCGCCACUUAUACACCGAGCCACGAUCAGCCCAGGAACUACACUAGAAGGAUCUAGCAGAACGUACGCUUGUAAUUCGAACACUCGGACGGAAGGAGAUCCAACAAUCACGUGUCAGGAAAGCGGGGUGUGGUCGUCCACUAACCUCUACUGUCGGCCGGACUGUGGUGAGCCUAAGCCGAUUUUACGGGCAGUGGUCAGUGUCGGAGGUACUCAUGAGGGAGACAAGAGAAAAUACACGUGUAACCAACAAACCGUGACAGAAGGCAACACAGAAAUCUACUGUCAGACGGACGGACAAUGGUCCUCCACUAACCUCUAUUGCAGACCGGACUGUUUGGAACCCCCGAUGAUUGACAGAGCCAUCAUCAGCGUGGGUAGAACGGUAGAAGGCACCACACGGACAUACACGUGUAACACUGGUACCAACACAGAGGGAACCCCCACCAUCACGUGUCAGGCGAACGGCAUCUGGACCUCCACGGAUCUCUACUGUCGACCCGACUGUGGGAACCCACCUCUGGUAGAGAGGUCAUCCAUUUCCGUUGGAAACAACCUUGAAGGAACAACACGGUAUUACACAUGCAUGGAGAAAACAGUCGCUCAGGGCCUUACAUCAACCACCUGUCAAUUAGACGGAACAUGGUCAAUCACAAACUUAUACUGCAGACCGGACUGUGGGGUUCCAAUGGCCAUUCUUAGAAGCACUAUAUCACCUGGAACUACUUUAGAGGGAGACGUAAGGACGUACUCCUGUGAUCCAAACACGGUGACGGAGGGACCAACGGAGUCCAUCUGUCAAAUAAACGGACAGUGGUCACUUACACCCAAUGACCUCUACUGCAGACCUGAUUGUGGAGAACCUUUGCCCAUUGAACGUGCCAGAAUUGAACCUGGAAGUAAUCUUGAGGGGUCCACCCGAUUCUACAGCUGUGAAGCUAACACGGUUGCAGAAGGACAGCUGAAUAUCGUUUGUCAGGCGAACGGAGUCUGGUCAAUGGUCAAUCUAUACUGUAGACCUAACUGUGGUGUUCCCGAGAGCAUACUCCGCGGAGGCGUACGGUACGAGUCUACACUGGAGGGCGCUGUAGCCACUUACUCGUGUAGCCCAAACACUGUUCUAGAAGGUGGAUCCACUAUAGUGUGCCAGGGGAAUGGAAAAUGGUCUAACAGAACCACAUACUGCAGACCGGAUUGCGGUGAACCAAUGGUGAUAGAUAGGGCCACUAUUUCCGUGGGAAAGACUUUAGAAGGAGACUCCCGAUCAUAUACAUGUAACGCAGGAACGGUCCAGGAAUCCGGGCCCAACAAAAUCGUCUGCCAGAAUAACGGACUGUGGUCCUCAACCGACAUUUAUUGCAGACCCGAUUGUGGUGCACCCCCAUUUAUAACUAGAGCCAUAGUGUCGUCUGGUAGUACUCUAGAAGGAAGCAUAAGGACCUAUACUUGCAACGCCAACACGUUGACGCAGGGUACGAUCAACACAAGAUGUCAACUCAAUGGAAAGUGGACUGCCGUGGAUCUUUACUGCAGACCCAUAUGUGGAAACCCACCUUUGAUUGAAAGAGCUUCGGUGAUCGCUAACUCCACUGCGGAAGGCGGAGUAGCCAUCUACACAUGCUCCAGCGGAACAGUGACUGAGGGGUCAACAUCAAUCGUCUGCCAGAACGACGGAGCCUGGUCUCACACCAACUUGUACUGCAGACCUAACUGUGGUCCACCCCCGGAUAUUCCAAGAGCCAACGCCAAACCCGGGGACACGGUCGAGGGAAGCUCCAGGUUUUAUGUUUGUGACAAGUCCACCCAAACUGAAGGAAUCACAGAGACCAAGUGCUUGAAAAACGGGACCUGGUCGAAAAUCGACAUGUAUUGCAGACCUGACUGUGGUGCUCCUGUGUAUGUGGAGAAUUCCAAAACAAUAUACCCAACCUCUACGGUAGAGGGCGCUAAACUGACGUUGGAGUGCGUGGAAGGAACUGUACCGGAAGGCAAUAGUAACGUGUUCUGUCAGAGCGACGGAACGUGGACCAAGCCCACCCUGUACUGCAGACCUGACUGCAAAAAGCCGAUGGCGAUUCCUAGAGCCACCGCCCAGUACACUGGUACCCUUGAAGAGGAUGUGGUGGUGUAUGUCUGCAAUCAGGGAACUGUGAGUGAGGGCGACAACGUUUCUAUCUGCAGACGCGACGGAACAUGGAGUGAAACCAAUCUUUACUGCAGACCUGAAUGUGGACCGCCCCCAAAAGUACCGCGAGCCACAGUCUCCCCCGGAAACUGGACGGAGGGUUCGUCUCUGACAUACUUUUGUGAAAUGAAUACCGUAAUGGAGGGAACGCCCAGUAUCACGUGUCAAAGUAAUGGGAUCUGGUCCGAUUCAAACUUAUACUGCAGACCUGAUUGUGGUCCACCAAAAAUGAUUCACCGCGCAUUAUUAUCGGACGGGGAUACCGUGGAGGGAUCUUUCCGAACCUAUACCUGUAGCGCUAACACAGUUCCCGAGGGAGAGACAAAGAUUGUUUGUCAGAACGAUGGACAGUGGUCCACGACAUCCCUCUACUGCCGACCGGACUGUGGCCCGGCACCAGUGGUGGAAAGAGCUGUAGUGGACGUUGAUGGAACCACUCUGGAAGGAUCCACCAGGUACUACCAAUGUACAGGAGGCUCAGUCAUGGAGGGAGAAACCAGUGUAACCUGCGGGAAUGAUGGACGCUGGUCUGACGUCAGAUUCUAUUGCAGACCCAACUGUAAUCAGCCUCCGCUCAUACCUCGAGCCACUGUGGACACCUCUACCGGUACAUUGGAGGGUGACAUCGCCGUGUACACGUGCGGAAUUAACACUGUACAGGAAGGGUUCGGAGAGACUGUCUGUCAGAAGAAUGGGAUGUGGUCAGAAGUCGACAUGUACUGUAGGCCCGACUGUAAGGCCCCUCCUCAGAUUCCCAGGGCCAUCUUACAAGACGGCCCCACAACAGAGGGAGCGGUCCGUUUCUACGUUUGUGACAAGAAUACCCAGAAAGAGGGUAUCGCAGAAACCAAAUGCCAAUCUGAUGGAACAUGGACCCCCAUCAGUUUGUACUGUCGACCGGACUGUGGAAUGCCCCCACGUAUCCCCAACACUUUCAUUCAAGCCCCAGGACCAACCACGGAAGGAUCAGAAAUUGUGUACGGCUGUAUCGAAAAUUACGUCAGCGAGGGGGAUCCGUCCAUCUUCUGCAAAGAAAACGGGUUGUGGACAAAACCGACAUUGUACUGCAGACCUGACUGUGGGAAGCCAGCACUACCCCCGGGAAUUCUACCGAUACCAGAUAACGUCAACACAUUAGAGGGAUCCGUCAUUACUCUGCAGUGUGAAGAUGACGACGAUGUACCAGAAGGGGACGCAAUUCUGAAAUGCGGCAUCGACGGCCGAUGGUCCAUCUCCAACUUCUACUGCAGGCCGGAUUGUGGAAAUCCACCAGUUAUACCAAGAACGACAAUCAAGGGAUUAGAAGGAGGAACCCUCGAGGGGGCCACCAUUAUGUAUUAUUGUGAUGAAAACACCGACCCAUCCGGUAAUCCAACCAGCGUAUGUACCAAGGAGGGGGUGUGGUCACCAGUCACUAUCAAGUGUAUUUCAAACUGUGGUGAACCAAAUGAUAUCCCCAGAGCCAUACUUCGGGAGGGAGGAAUCACUGAGGGUUCGGUCAGAAUAUAUGACUGUAAGCCUGGUACAGUGACCGAAGGAAGCAAUUCCAUCGUAUGCCAAAGCAAUGGUCUUUGGAGCAGAAGCGAUCUCUAUUGCAGACCCGACUGCGGACAACCACGACAGAUAGAACGUGCGACGGUUUCUCCCGGAAGUACUCUGGAAGGUAGCGUCAGGACAUACACGUGUGAUGCCAACUCCAUAGCGGAAGGAGACAUUGUGACGACUUGCAGGGUAGAUGGAACAUGGAGCAACAUUAACUUAUACUGCAGACCUGACUGUGGUAGGCCACCAACAAUAGCGAGAGCCACCGUGCGACUUGGGGAGACCACAGAAGGGGCAGUGAGGACGUAUAUAUGUGACGCCGACACUAAGGCCAAUGGGGACCCCACCAUCACUUGUCAGAACGACGGACAAUGGACCAUUUCUACACUCACUUGUGAAAUUUCCAUUGUUGUUCCGCCAGAAGAAACGCUUCCUCCUGGCUCAGAUGUUUGCGACAAGUGCAUAAUUAGAAAUGGUGUCGGCUUUAACCCCCAUCCAGAGAACUGUUACAAGUUUGUCCAGUGUUAUUUCGGAGCAAAAGGAGAGAUCCGAUCAGCCAUCAGAAGCUGUCCCUUUGGACAGUACUGGGACCAGGAUGCUCUGACGUGUAAACUUGCCAAACAAGUGUCUUGUCCAAAAGAGAAAUGUCAACUUCCAGUAUUGAAAUCCUAUGCAAUGGACCACGUCCAAAAUUGCCGCGCAUUCUGGAAAUGUAUCUUAGGAAAGUCAUACGGAAUGUGUUGCCCAGAGGGAAAGAGAUAUAAACCAUAUGUUGGGUGUAUCACUGAUCCCUCAUGUACGGACCCCUGCCCACCUAUGUCCGCCGGGCUUGGAUCAUGUGACUCACGCCCCAUUUUCGGCGUUCCCGAAAAAUUUGAGCAGUACGUUCCGGGACACGGAUGGAUACCAAUGCCGUGUGCUCCGGGAACACAGUAUAACCCAUCUGAAUGUGGAUGCACUACAAAUGUCCCCGUUCAACAAACAGACAAAAUUUGCCGUCCGGAAUUAUACCUUCCCUUUGACACUGACACAAGCGACAGAUCUGGCAGUGGAGUGUAUGUAGAAAACUACAACGUCUCUGUGGUCCAGGGAGUGGCUUACUUCAACGGUGAGGCGGAACUAGUAAUACCUAGAUUCGCCAAUUUCGAAUACAAUGAGAUUGUGGUGGCGUUUAAUUAUCUAGAGACACCCCCAAGUCAAGGGGUGACGGCUUUAGUCAGUAACAGUGACUGUUGUACGGCCAAUCCAACAUUGGCAGUGGUCAAGAGUUACAGAAACGUACACUUCCUGGCGAAAUGUAAUGGCGGCUUAGUGACGACAUUCCAACUUCCGUUACACCUUGGAAAUUGGAACCGGGUGUUCUAUAUUCACGAUACUCAAAAGCUAGAAGGAAGAGUGAACGGCGUAGAGAUGUCAAAAUGGGCCAUUGGUCCAGUGCAAAAAACACACACAGCUAUACAUAUAGGUUAUGGAAAAGGCUUUAGAAACUUCAAAGGCUACAUGGACGAUAUUCAGGCCCAAAACAUUACGGAUACAGAUGACGAUUGUGAAGAUAUUGAAAGUGGUGCAUGCUUCCUCCUCAAAGAGCGCCCGUAUCUUUGUUACAAUGACAACAACAAGAUUAAAUGUUGUCUCACCUGCAAACAAUUGUUUACAGAAAUAACAGGUUGUGAAUAUGGUAAUCGAAGAAAGGGUUGUGACAAAAGGAGGUGCCCCAGGGACAAUAAGAUAGACCCUGCUUGCUGUUGGACCUGUGGUGGUUAUACUACCACAUCUACCACCACGACUUCUACCACCACUACAACCACCGAACCACCACCAACCACAACCACCACCAUCACAACAACAACAAUGGCUUCCAAGAUAAUCGACAUUUUUACUCCGAUUAAGUAUUGGAGGAAACCCAAGAUUGCCUCGAGUUCAAUCAAACACGGGUUAAAUGUGGCCUGGGAUGCACUGAAAAAGACGUUUUUGUUAGAUAUUGACGUGAAAAAUUAACAAUGUG